CUCAGCCAUGGGAUUUGAGCGAUGGCAUCGUGCUCAGAUCACACUGAAUCUCACCGGAAACAAUGUUUUAAUCAGCCGAAUGUACUGUGCAAUUCCAGACUUUCGACCCACCCUCAACCGUGGUUGAACUUUUAACCCUCCUUUGAAAGUGAUCGUGGGCGUUUAGUCUCAGUGAAGUGAUGGCAUAUCGAGGGAGAUUUGCAACAGGCUGUUCAACUUGUCGCCAACGAAAGAUAAAAUGGGACGAAACACGGCCCUCAUGCAAUCGUUGUCUCAAGGGAAGAUGAAAAUGUCCUGGGUAUAAAGACAUUACGGAUCUCACUUUCCGAAAUCAAUAUAUGACCACGACAGGAAAACCGCCUGGGCCACAAGUCCUAAAAACUGUUGUUUUAGAUCCGAAGGCAUCGGCGUUGCAGAUCUAUGGACGAUCACAUAGCCCUGUAGUCAAGUCAGCUAGCCCAUCAAAGAGCCUGAGUCUGGAUCUUGAUAAUGUGGCACUCGCAUAUUUCUUGUCAUAUCACAUUGUCGUGGGCUCCGGGAUUCUUGACAGGGGUCAAUACGAAUUCCUGCCAGAACUCCUAGCCAGCCAACAACACGUUGAUCCGGCUUUACACCAUUCUCUUAAUGCUGCAGGAUUCGCUGCAUUCGCGAACUCCCAUGGAAUAGUCAGCAUGCUCCAUAAAUCUCGAGUUGAAUGCAACUCCGCAAUCCGGGCCCUUCACACUGCACUUCAGUCUCCAGAAACAGCUGCAAAAGACAGCACCUUGGUUGCGGCGAUGCUCUUGUCAACAUUCGAGACUGUGACGUACGUUUACCACCAAGAUGUAGAAUCAUGCCUCGAUCAGAUAACUGGCGGUUUGGCGCUUCUCAAGAUUCGUGGACCUCGGUCACUGAACACUCGUCCUGGGCGUCAGAUGUUCUUGCAGGCGUAUUCACUUGUAGUUGCUGCAUGUAUGCAGAGGGAGCAUGCCGUCCCACCUACAUUGUUUGACUUGAGAAAUAACAUCAAGCCAAGCCUUGACCAGGACAGCUGCUCUUGGCAGAUUCUAGAUCUCAUGGUACAGUUCACCAACCUAUCGGCGUCUUUAAAGAACAACAGUCACCAGGAGACGGACCGCUCUUCGUAUGUCCUCUCUGCCGCCACGCAACUUGAUAAUGAAUUCCAGGCAAUUGCUUCAGAGUUGCGUUCAACAUUUCGAUAUGAGAUCUUUCGGUACUCUCACUCGAGCCUGGUCUACAACGGAAUAUACCAUGUAUACGAUGAUGCCUGGACCAUUCGAUACUGGAAUUACUUACGUCUCUGCCGCAUACUUCUCCAGAAGAUGGUUUUGGAUAAUUGCCACCCUUCUCUUGACCCGACGCCCGCACGGUACCAGAGUAUCUCUACGACAAUCAUUCAACUGUCCAUCGACGUUUGUGCUACAGUUGCCCAACACGCUGGAUACUUGCCACUUCUACAACACCAACAGUUGCUUUCACGAGAGCUUUUAAAUCAGAAUGCAUCGCAACCUGAAGCCGGCCCCUAUACGGCUGGCAUUUAUUCUCUCCUCCACCCACUUUUCGUUAUUGGUAAAAUGAAGAUCACACCAAUGGAGCAAAAGGAGUGGAUUAUAAGUCAGCUGGAAUAUCUAGGGCGACUUUCAGGCAUUUCGCAAGCAAUGGCAGCCAUGGAGGUGAUGAAAUUGUAAGGCUGUUUGUUGAGAUCAAUAACGUAUGAAGCCGAAAGUUAUUGAACACUCAUAGCUUAGCCUUGACUCGACUACCAAGAUGCGUCGAUUUGAGCUUAACAACAAUAGAUGCAGCUUCAGGGACGAGAUCCGGACGAUGCUUGAUAAAGACGAGAAGCGAAGAUGGGAAAGGGGCAUCUAAUCACGUGCUUGAGGUAG